UAACAUGCACCAAGCUCUACACCUCCAUUCGUUCUUCUCAUGAUACACAAACAUGUGGUCACACCUACUGUUCUCCCCUGUACAACAAUGAUGAUGUAAACAAAAAGACCCUAACAACCCCAAUUACACCUCUGGUCACCUGAUCAUCUUUUGUAGAAGACAGUCAGUCUAGCCAAUCACAAGCAACCUACGUCUCCUAUAAGAGUUGGAUGCAUCCGUCGACACACAUGAUAGAGACUGCAGAGCUACAGGGAUGAUGCCACUUUGUAUUUUUCUGGUGCUUCUGAGUCAAAUGUAUGAGGUGCCAGCUGAUGACAAGACCUCAAGUAUAAUUCAGCUCAGUGGGGUCAUAACAGCUAAAGUUGGGGAGAAUGUGACUUUGGGUUGCAUUUGUCAGGAUGAAGCUGUAACUUUCCUUUCUUGGUACCAGCAAAGCUUAGGAGGCAAACCUCUCAACAUAGCGACUCGCAUGAAGCACAGCACAGAAGCUUCCAUCUCCCCGGCGUAUAAAGAAAGGUUUCAAGUCCACGCAACAGGUCAAGACGGCAUCAAUAAUCUCAUAAUCACAAACCUCCACCUGUCGGAUUCAGCAACAUACUACUGUGGGAUUUUAGAAUUCAACGCAAUUGAAUUCGGACAAGGAGUUUUCCUUCACGUCACAACAUUGUCAUCCAACACUCAAGCUGAGGUCCAUCAGCCAGAACUGCAGCCGCUUCUGUCGGGAGAAUCUGUGAAUUUGAGCUGCACAGCAUACUUUGAACCAUGUGCAGGAGAGCAGAGCUACUACUGGUUCAGACAUGGUGCAGACCAGCCUGCAGUCAUGUAUCCCAGUGCAGGACAGUGUAAAAAUAUUCCCAAUGAAGAUUCUCACAUGAGGAACUGCACUUUAAAUCUCUCUUUAAAGUCUGUGAGCUUCCCUGAUGCAGGGAUGUACUACUGUGCUCUGGCCUCGUGUGGGGAGAUCAUGUUUGGAAGAGGAGUGAAGGUCAAGAUUGUAGAACGUUCUACCCAAGCCACUCCUCUCCUUGUGUAUUCCCUGAUUGUGGCGCUGGCAGUUUCCAUCGUCGUGUUCCUUGCCUUGGCUUUCAUCAUGUACAAGUUGCAAAAAAAGUCAUGCUCUGUCUGUAAAGGAACUGUUUCUCAUGUGGCAUGUUCUGCAGCUUCUGAAGCCACGAGCCAGGAUGAACACGGUCUUCAUUAUGCUGCUCUGAGUGCGAUCAGAGCCAGUGAACGACAUCGUCAAGAGGACAACAUGGAGAGUGUUUGUGUGUACUCUAGAGUAAAGAGCAGGAAAGAGUGAAGUAGGGGCUUUGCUUUCACAUUCAACCACUUCAACAAAUGACAUCUCUGUCCUGUCAACCACUUGCAAAACAACAACACUUCACGUGACUAAAUAUACAAUGUAAAAUAAUGGUGGAAGAAAAUAAAAUAAGUUUUGUCCAAUGUGUUUCAUUUAUACUGUGUUCUGCCGAAGUCACACACGUCUCCGCACAUACAGAAUAAAA